GCGGUCUUGAGCGCUGGGCGGUCCCCGGAGUCUGGCGCAGCCCUAGGGCGGUUAGGCAGGCUCGGUGGUAGUCGCUGCUCUUCUGAAGGAAACAAGCGCGAGACCGGGCAGGUUCUGCGGACCAGAUCGAGGUGGUGGGUAGCGACGGUCGAGGGGGCGUGGACGGUGGGUGUUGACCGAGUCCAGAAACGCCUGCGAUGUAAUCAACCGGGUUUGCUUCCCGAGCCCUUUCAGUCUCCAGAGGCCUAUGAAGUGAAGCAAAUCGCCGCUGCAUCUCUAAAAGCCACGUUCUUUAUUAAAAAUUUCUUGAUUAAAAAAUUGAGAACUCCUGGGAAGAACAAAAUAAAGAUCACGUGGGAUACCAUCCAGCAGAGUUUUUGGCUUCUGUCUGUGGACUCUGCUUCUUCAGUAAAUGACCCUUGAGAAAAACUAACCAUUUUCUUGCAACUCUGAAAUCAUGGCUCAUGAUUUGGUGAUGUUCAGAGAUGUGACUGUGGACUUUUCUCAGGAAGAGUGGGAAUGCCUGAACUCAAAUCAGAGGAAUUUAUACAGAGAUGUGAUAUUAGAGAAUUAUAGCAACUUGGUGUCACUGGGAGGAUGUUCCAUUUCUAAGCCAGAUGUAAUUACUCUGUUAGAGCAAGGGAAGGAACCCUGGAUGGUUGUGAGGGAUGAGAAAAGAAGAUGGAGACUAGAUUUGGAAUCCAGAUGUGACACUAAAAAGUUAUUUCAAGUAAAGGAUAUUUGUGAAAUGAGUUUCUCUCAGUGGGAUAUAAUGGAAAGAAUUAGAGGUUGUGGCCUUGAAGACUCUUUUUUCAGGAAAGAUUGGGAAUACAAAAAGUUUGAGGGACAAGAGGGUCCUCACGAGGCAUGUUUCAGGCAAGUGAAAAAAACCACCUCUGAAAAAAUGCCCAAGAACAGAAAACGCACAUCUCUUACUCUGUAUCCAAGAAUUCACAGUAGAGAGAAGCCCUAUGAAUGUGGGGACUGUGGGAAGGCUUUUAGAGUACGCCAGCAACUUACUUUCCAUCAGAGAAUUCAUACGGGCGAGAAACCCUAUGAAUGUAAAGAAUGUGGAAAAGCUUUUAGACAGUGUGCCCACCUUAGUCGACAUCAGAGAAUUCAUGCUUCUGACAAACUCCUUGAAUGUAAAAGAUGUGGAAAUAUCUUCACAUGUGGUGCAGAUCUUCGUGUACAUCAGAGAAUUCAUGUUGGUGAGAAGCCCUAUGACUGUAAGGAAUGUGGGAAGGCCUUUAGGGUGCGAGGACAACUUAAUCUCCAUCAAAGGAUUCAUACUGGUGAGAAACCCUAUGAAUGUAAGGAAUGUGGGAAGACCUUUAGACAAUAUGCACACCUUACUCGACAUCAAAGACUUAAUAUUGCUGAGAAAUGCUAUGAAUGCAAGGAAUGUGGGCAAGCUUUUCUGUGUAGUACAGGCCUUCGAGUACAUCACAAACUUCAUACUGGUGAGAAACCCUAUGACUGUAAGGAAUGUGGGAAGGCCUUUAGAGUGCGGCAACAACUUACUCUUCAUCAGAGAAUUCAUACUGGCGAGAAACCCUAUGAUUGUAAGGAAUGUGGGAAGACCUUUAGUCGUGCCUAUCAUCUAACUCUCCAUCAGAGAAUUCAUACUGGUGAGAAACCUUAUGAAUGUAAGGAGUGUCAGAAGUUCUUUCGUCGUUACUCAGAACUUAUUUCACAUCAGGGUAUUCAUAUUGGAGAGAAACCUUAUGAUUGUAAGGAAUGUGGGAAGGCCUUUAGACUGUUCUCACAACUUACUCAACAUCAGAGUAUUCAUUUUGGUGAGAAACCUUAUAAGUGUAAGGAAUGUGAGAAGAAUUUUAGAUUGCUCUCCCAACUUACUCAACAUCAGAGUAUUCAUACUGGUGAGAAACCCUAUGACUGUAAGGAAUGUGGAAAGGCCUUUAGACUUCAUUCCUCUCUUAUCCAACAUCAGAGAAUUCAUUCUGGUGAGAAACCAUACAAAUGUAAGGAAUGUAAGAAGGCAUUUAGGCAGCAUUCACAUCUUACUUACCAUCAGCGAGUUCAUAAUCAUCAGAGAAUUCAUACUGAUGAGAAACUCCUUGAAUGUAAGGAAUGUGGGAAGGAUUUUAGUUUUGUAUCAGUCCUUAUUCGACAUCAGCGAAUUCAUACUGGUGAGAAACCUUAUGAAUGUAAAGAAUGUGGCAAGGCCUUUGGUAGUGGUGCAAAUCUUGCUUACCAUCAAAGAAUUCAUACUGGUGAAAAACCUUAUGAAUGUAAUGAAUGUGGGAAGGCCUUUGGUAGUGGCUCAAACCUUACUCACCAUCAGCGAAUUCACACUGGUGAGAAACCAUAUGAAUGUAAGGAAUGUGGGAAAGCCUUUAGUUUUGGAUCAGGCCUUAUUCGACAUCAGAUAAUUCACAGUGGUGAAAAGCCUUAUGAGUGUAAGGUAUGUGGGAAGUCCUUUAGUUUUGAAUCAGCCCUUACUCGGCAUCACAGAAUCCACACAGGCGAGAAACCUUAUGAAUGUAAGGACUGUGGAAAAGCCUUUGGCAGUGGUUCCAACCUUACUCAGCAUCGAAGAGUUCACACUGGUGAGAAACCUUAUGAAUGUAAAGGAUGUGGAAUGGCCUUUAGUAGUGGUUCAGCCCUAACUCGGCAUCAGAGAAUUCAUACCGGUGAGAAACCAUAUAUAUGUAAUGAAUGUGGGAAGGCAUUUAGUUUUGGAUCAGCCCUUACUCGACAUCAAAGAAUUCACACUGGUGAGAAACCUUAUGUGUGUAAGGAAUGUGGGAAGGCUUUCAAUAGUGGCUCGGAUCUCACUCAACAUCAGAGAAUUCACACUGGUGAGAAACCUUAUGAGUGUAAGGAAUGUGAGAAAGCCUUUAGAAGUGGUUCAAAACUUAUUCAGCAUCAAAGAAUGCACACUGGUGAGAAACCCUAUGAGUGUAAGGAAUGUGGGAAGGCCUUUAGUAGUGGUUCAGACCUCACUCAACAUCAGAGAAUUCAUACUGGUGAGAAACCUUAUGAAUGUAAGGAAUGUGGGAAGGCUUUCAGUAGUGGCUCAAAACUUAUCCAACACCAGUUAAUUCACACUGGUGAAAAACCCUAUGAAUGCAGAGAAUGUAGAAAGUCCUUUAGUAGUGGCUCAGCUCUUAAUCGGCACCAGAGAAUACACACUGGUCAGAAACCCUAUGAAUGUAAGGAAUGUGGGAAGACUUUUGGUCCUGGCUCAACCCUUACUCAGCAUCAGAGAAUGCAUACUGCUGAGAAACUUUAUGAAUGUAAGGGAUGUGGGAAAGCUUUGGGGAGGGAUUCAGAAAUUCAACAACAUAAGAAAAAUCAUGCUGGUGAGAAGCUCUGUGAUUUGGAAACUCCAUAAAGUUGGAAUUAUAUAGUUAAGGAAGCAUACAAUAAGAAAAUUCAUACUAGUGAGAAUCCCCACAAAUGUAAUUAAAGUAUAUAUAUCUUACUUAUACUUUACCAGUUAGUCAGUCUGAGAAAAUUCAUACAGAAAAAAAAAUUUUUUAACCAAUCUGAAUAAAAUAUUUGAAGAUUUUCAUCUAAAUUCAUUCCUUCACUAUUUUUAGAAAAUUCACACUUGUGAAUAUUAAAAAUUAAAAAAUCUUUUAUUGUAUAUUGCCUUCAUUUUAAACAUUAGAAUUUAUUCAGGGGCUAAUUUUGCUACUUUCUUUUUAAUGUUCUUAUUUUUGUGUGUAUUAUACAGAAUUACUGAUCCAUUUCAAAAUUAUUUUAAAUUAUUAUUGAGGGUCUAAAUUUACCCUUUUUCUUUCUCCCCCAUUUCUCAUACUAAUAUCAUUUAUUCAAUAACCAUAUCUAUUUUUAUAUUUUUAUUGUUGUUUGAUAGUAUAUUUUUAUACAUAUAAAGCUUAAAUAUCACUUCAGUAUUUGUUUUCAAAUUUGCAUAUCUGUGUUUGUAUCUGUUUUUCACCCUGUUUGUGUUAAGUUAUGGUUACUUUUACAUAUCCUUUAAUGUCUUAUGGAUAUGUACUUUUUGUUUUAGAAGGUUGUUUUAUUUUUCUUUUAUAAACUUUAUACUGUUAUUUUUGCAGAACAAUUUUCCUACAUAAAAAUGUAGAUAUGAGUUAAAAAUAGAUAUAGUUAUCUGUAAUCUUACCAGUCAUAGAUAAUCAAUGUCAAAUUUUUGAAGCAAAUCCUUUAAGAUUAUAUGUGACAUUGCUUUUGAAAGAAGUGUGAUCAUGCUAUAACCAGCUUUUAAUAUUCUUUCUCUGUAAAUAUAUUGUUACAAUUCCACUGGCAUUAAAGUACUUACCUGUUUUUAUCAAAUCCUUAUUUUUGUCAAAUACAGAAAAAAUUUUUCAUCAUAAAGCGUUACUUUGUUGGCUCCUUUUGAAUGUGUCUACUUUAUUUGUUGUUCAUUUUAAAGAUAAUGUGUGGAUCUCUUCUGCUUUACAUUAUUUAUACAUCAUCUGUAAAAUCUUACUUCCCUUUGGCUAACAUCCCUGAACUUAGUUACUUCCCCAGCAUUAACUAACUUGCUUAUUCUUCCAGAUCCUUUUAUGUGCAUAUGUGAUGUGUUUAUGGUACUGUGAGCAUAAUUAGUGUGGUUCUGAAGCAAACUGUGGGGAUUCUA